UCGCCCCAGUUAGAUCUUUCAAAUCGCAAUUAAGAGGAAAUUUAAAUUAAAUUAAGCGAAAAAUUAUUUAAAAAUAUCUGGAAAACGAGGAAAAAAGUAAAUUGAGACAUCAAAAUGACGGUUUGUGUUUUUUGUCAAUCCACAGAGGCACAAUUGACAUGCUCAGGUUGCAAAACCGCGACUUAUUGCUCUGCCGAUCACCAAAAGAAGCAUUGGAAGGAUCACAAAGCUGAAUGUCGUCCUUUUAAGAUCUGCGAAGACAAACACCUCGGACGCCAUUUAGUGGCAACGAGAGACAUCCCCGCCGAAUCUUUCAUUUUGACGGAACUCCCGAUGGUUGUCGGUCCCAAAUGGAGUCUCGACGAGCAUGAUCGUGUCCUGCCAAUUAUUCCGUGUGUGGGAUGUUUUAAGCCGGUGCCGAUGUAUGCACCAACGAGAUGCGCCCAAUGUAGCUGGCCCGCAUGUCGAGACGAUUGCGAGGGACUCACGGAUGAUCGUCUCCAUGGAUUGGAAUGUGGCGUUUUGGCAUUCGGAAAGUCGCCGUACAAGAAUAAGGAGGAAGAUCCAGAGGCUUAUUUGGAUUUUUAUCGCAGUGACACACUUUUUGCGCUGAAAUGCUUGAUGUUGAAGGUUAAGAGACCGAAAAAGUGGGAAGCUUUGAUGGAAUUGGAAGCGCAUGAGGCGGAACGGAAAAAGUCGCCUUAUUACGAAGAUGCCAACGAACGCGUUGUAAAAUACUUACAAAAGAAUUUCCUGGACAUCAUCAAGAUUUUCGAAGAAAAAACGGGCAGACACAUGUUAACAGACGUCGAUGCAAAUUUACUGCAAAAAAUCUGCGGCAUCAUCGAAGUCAACUCGAUGUGCAUCCCCCUGCCAACUGGUCAAGAAUUAUCUGGAAUUUUCCCGACAGCGUGUUUGUUGGAGCACUCGUGCAUUCCCAAUUGCACCUACACCUUCAGCUACAGCGACGGCUUCAAAAUUGUCGUCACCUCGGGUCGCGACAUCAAAAAAGGCGAACAUUUGUCGACUUCUUACACGCACACUUUGUGGGGAACUUUCGCUCGUCGCGAUCAUCUUCUCAACACGAAAUACUUCAAAUGUAAAUGCGAACGUUGCAGCGACAAAACCGAGCUUGGCACGUAUUUCAGUGCAUUGAAGUGCUUCGGAUCGGAAAUGGCACGCUGCAAUGGCAUUCAACUCCCGAUCGAUCCGUUGGAUGACAACACGGAAUGGGGAUGCGAUAGUUGCCCAAUCACGAUAAAGACAGAACAAGUCCUUGGAUUGAUGGGACAAAUGCAGGAAGAGGUCGACAACGUUAUUUACAACAAAAAUGCAAGUGUUCGCGAGACAGAAACGCUCAUCGAUAAAUUGUCCCAGUUCUUGCAUAAAAACCAUUAUCACAUUUUCGCGUUGAAACACAGCUUAAUUCAGCUCUACGGGCAUCAAAAGGAAUAUUUGCCGGUGCAAUUGAGCGAUUCGACGUUGGAACGAAAAAUUCACAUGUGUCAAGAGUUGAUGGAAGUUGUGAAUAAAUUGGAUCCACAAAGCAUUCGAUUGGCAUUGUACACCGCGAUCAUCCUUUAUGAGCUCAGUUUUACCUUGAUCGAGUUGGCACAACGCAGAUUGAAGGCUACCGAUGAUCCAGAAGAAAAAAUUAAGCAUGCCAAGUUGCUGGAUGAGGCAGAAAAGCAUUUGAAACAUGGAUUGAAAAUUUUGGCACAUGAAGGUGACACGCCCGAAGGUGAAAAGACAAUUAAGCAGUUCAAGGAAUUGGACAGCAAGUUACAGGAUAUUCUUUCGGUCUCGGUGAUCUAAAGCGAAAUUUAUUUAUUUUUUAUGUAAAGAUGAAGGAUUUAUUUUGUUAGUAAAAAAAAUCAUUUACUCACCUUUUAAAAAAUUAAUAAAGUAAUUUAAUUUUCUGAAAAAA